AUGGCCCAGCGCCGCGCUCGCUCGCUCACGGGAUGUGUUGAGGCAGGUGCGAAGCACGGCCUCUCGUCCAAUGCUUCGCAAGCUCUCUCGUCCGAGGACAUUGACGUCUCAAAGCUUCGCAAGCUCUUCGCCUCGCUCGAUACCGACGGCUCGGGCUCCAUCACCGCGGGCGAGAUGCGCUCCGCCCUGACCAAGAUGGGCGCCGACCCCGCGGCGGCAGACGACGAGUUUGCAAAAGCCGCGCAGCGGGGAGCCGAGAUAGUGGCACUCGCCAAGAAGGUGCAGGGCUACGGCGGCGCAGACGCGAGGUCGGUCCAUUCCUACGCCGAGGAGGAGUGCAAGGCGUUUUCUGACUUCAUCAACGCAAGGCUCGCCGACGACGAGAGCCUGUCCCACCUCCUGCCGAUUGCGACGGCAGAUGGCCUCUUCUCUGCCGUCUCCGACGGCAUGCUGCUGUGCAGGCUGCUCAACGAGGCGGCGCCGGGCGCAAUCGAUGAGCGCGCCGUCAACCGUAUCUCUCCAUCCAAGCCGAGCCGCUUCCACGUGACCGAGAAUCAGAAUCUGGCCAUCAGCGCGGCCAAGGGCAGCGGCAUCAAGGUCGUCAACGUCGGGGCUGAGGACAUCAUCGAGGGCCAGCCGCACCUCAUCCUAGGGCUCGUCUGGCAGAUGGUCAAGAUGGCGCUCCUCUCGAAGAUCAACCUGCGCUCGAACCCGUUCCUCAUCAGGCUCGCCUCCCUGCUGCUCCUCGAGGGCGAGACGCUCGAGGACCUGCUCAAGCUGCCGCCCGAGCAGCUGCUCAUGCGCUGGGUCAACUACCACCUCGCUCAGUCGAGCUGCAGCCGCCGGCUCCGCAACUUUGGGUCCGACGUCGCCGACUCGGAGAUCUAUGCGCACCUGCUGCAGCAGAUCGACCCCGGCAGGCGUGUGAGCGCUGCCGACGUGAUGCGCCUCGGCGACAAGACCGCGCGCGCGCAGCAGGUUGUCUCCGCCGGCCGCCGACUCGGCUCCGACUUCAGCAUCCGGCCCAAGGACAUCGUGUCCGCCAACGAGAAGCUCAACCUCGCCUUUGUGGCGGGGCUCUUCAACGCGUGCCCUGCCCUGGAGCCGCUCGACGAGGAGGAGCUCAAGCUCUUUGACGAGCUCGAAGACGACGACGUCGGCGACUCGCGCGAGGAGCGCGCCUUCCGCCUGUGGAUCAACUCGCUGGGCAUCGACGGCGUGUACGUGGACAACCUGUACGACGGCGUCCGCGACGGGCUCGUGCUGCUCUCGGUGAUGGACCACGUGCAGCCUGGCGUCGUCGAGUGGUCCAAGGUGAACCGCAAGCCGGGGAUGGUCUUCAAGCAGGUCGAGAAUGUCAACUACGCCAUCGCGAUCGGCAAGGGCGAAUUCAAGUUCUCCCUCGUCGGCGUCGCCGGCUCCGACAUCGCAGUGGACGGCAGCAAGAAGCUCUCGCUCGCCCUCAUCUGGCAGCUGAUGCGCGCCCACCUCGUCUCCUUCCUCGCCACGCUCAAGAGCAAGACGCCCCGCUCGACCGACUCGGCGAUGGUGCGGUGGGCCAACGAGACGGUCGAGGCCGCCGGCUACGCCUCGCGCAUGAAGGACUUUGGCGACAAGAGCCUGGCCGACGGCCUGUUCCUGCUGGACCUGCUCACGGCGGUGGAGCGGCGUUGCGUCAACCGCGACCUUCUCGCCGACGGCGCCACCGACGAGUCGCGGCUGCUCAACGCAAAGUACGCGAUCGCGUGCGCCCGCAAGCUGGGCUGUGCGCUCUUCUGCUUGCCCGAGGACCUCGUCGAGGUGCGCCCCAAGAUGGUGAUGUCAUUCGUGGCUUCCGUGAUGGCAUUCGCGGGCGCGUGACGCCUUGUGCGACGCACUUGGCGCGCCCCGACUGUGAGAGAGCAGGGCGCAGGGGCGCACUCGAGACGACCCACAGUCCACCGCGUCCCCCAACCGCUGCGUAGAGACGCUCACCGGAGCCGCACACCGGCGAGAGAGAGAGCCGAGGCCGCACGGGACGGCCCCGCCCUUCGCAGAGAGUGAUCCCUCAAAUUCCACCUGUGCGAUCUCGCGACCUCGCCGCGAUCCGCCCGCUGCGCGCCGGCCUCGAGUGCUGAGAGGAUUGUAUAUCUUUCACUGUUUCUGUUUCACAGAGGCAUGUGUGCAAAACGUCACAGAGCAAAUCAGACAACACUAUGGUUCAACGCCCGCUUUACGUGCGCUCUUCACCUCUGUGCAACUCCCCAACAGCCUCUGCCCUCUCUGGGCGAGAGCGUCUCGCCUCUAGAUUGCGGCGCCGGUACCAAGCUCUGCCCGUCGGUCGUCGCUUCUCUCCACCUUGCUCUCCCCCGUCGCAGACUCCCGCGGUCUCGUCCCUCAUCGAGGGCGCUCCCAGCUCUCUGUCCGUCCGCUCGCAGCCGCAGCCGACCGUCCUCAGUAGUACACGCUGUCUUUGUCCUUGGCCAUGCGCGGCCCCGACCGAAACCACCCCUUCUUGAACUUGACCUCGCUCACGGGCGGCGGCGGCGGCGGCGGCGGGCCCUGGCCCAUGGCCCUCGCCGGCCGCCACUCCUCUGCGCGCGCAGACGAGAAGCGCGACUGUGGCGAUACGUUGCGCACUGCUCCGGCGGCGGGCGAAGCGACGGCGGUGGGCGAGGCGCCGCCGUCGCGGAGCAGGAGCUCGACGGCCGCCUCGACGCUCCCCGUCGACGCGAGCGCCGCCUCGAUCCGCUCGGCGCGCACCUCCGGGAACAUGGCGCAGAGCACUUGCUUUUGGUGCGCGGCCUCGGCGGCGCCGGGUGCCCCAACCACCGGGGCCGAGGAGCUGCGAACGGCGGACGCCGGCGCGGAGACCGGACGUGCCUCGUGGCCGCGCGCGGUGGCGGGAGGGCGCGGCGCGGCGGCGGCGGCGGAGACGGUCGCCGCCCAGUCCGCGGCGCGCGUCUGCAUGAGGUGCGGUGCCGUGGGCUGGCCGGCGGGCGUGGGAGGGAAGUAGUUGGCGCCCGGCGCCUGUCCCGUGGAGGCCGCGGGGGCGGCGGGGGUCGCCACUGCCUGCGGCGGGGCUCGGGUGGCGACGGCUUGC